AGUCUCAGUUCGAUUUCAUUUGAUCUGCUCUGCGGUUGUGUUUAUUGAGAUACAUCCCGGCACCAUGAAGGCCUGGGUCUGGUUUACAUUUGUCGCGUGUGUCUUUGCGGCAAGCGCGGAAGCCGCCUCCAAUUUAGUCUGCUACUAUGACUCUUCGAGUUACACGAGAGAAGGCCUGGGCAAGAUGCUCAAUCCCGAUCUGGAGAUCGCCCUGCAGUUCUGCAGCCACUUGAUUUACGGCUACGCGGGACUUCGGAAUGAGAACCUCCAGGCGUACAGUCUGAACGAGAACCUGGAUAUCUAUAAGCACCAGUUCUCCGAGGUGACCGCCUUCAAGAGGAAGUACCCCCAUCUGAAGGUGCUGCUGAGUGUGGGCGGCGACCAUGACAUCGAGGUGGACAACCGCAAUAAGUAUAUCGAGCUGCUGGAGAGCGAGAAGGUUCAGCAGGUGGGAUUCAUCCGAUCGGCCUAUGACCUGGUCAAGACAUACGGCUUCGAUGGCUUGGAUCUGGCCUACCAGUUCCCCAAGAACAAGCCCAGGAAGGUUCACGGAGACUUGGGACUUGCCUGGAAGAGUAUCAAGAAGCUGUUCACUGGGGAUUUUAUAGUGGAUCCCAAGUCCGAUCUGCACAAGGAGCAGUUCACAGCUCUUGUUAGAGAUGUCAAGGACUCCCUGCGCAAUGAUGGCUUCCUGCUCAGUCUCACUGUACUGCCCAAUGUGAACUCUACUUGGUACUUUGACAUUCCCGCUCUGAAUGGCUUGGUGGACUUCGUGAACCUGGCCACCUUUGACUUCCUGACUCCCGCUCGUAACCCCGAGGAGGCGGACUACAGCGCCCCCAUCUACCAUCCCGAUGGCUCGAAGGAUCGCCUGGCGCAUCUCAACACCGACUUCCAGGUCGACUACUGGCUGAGACAGGGAUUCCCAGCGAACAAGAUCAACGUGGGUGUGGCUACCUACGGAAAUGCCUGGAAACUGUCCAAGGACUCGGGUCUCGAUGGUGUGCCAGUGGUGCCCGAGACCAAGGGACCAGCUCCCGAGGGUGUGCAAUCGCAAAAGCCUGGACUCCUGAGCUACGCGGAGAUCUGCGGAAAGUUGUCCAAUCCCCAGAACCAAUUCCUCAAGGGCAACGAUUCGCCGCUGCGCAGGAUUUCCGAUCCCACCAAGAAAUUUGGUGGCAUCGCCUAUCGCCCUGUGGAUGGCCAAAUUACCGAAGGUAUCUGGGUGAGCUACGAUGACCCCGAUUCGGCCUCCAACAAGGCCUCCUACGUCCGGGCCCAUAACCUGGGGGGCGUGGCCCUGUUCGAUCUGAGCUACGAUGAUUUCCGAGGUCAGUGCUCAGGCGAAAGGUACCCCAUCUUGAGGGCCAUCAAAUAUCGUCUUUAGAUUUAAACGAAAAUGUUAUGUGGAAACAGACUUUAAAUAAACGAUUUGUAAUGUCAAGUUU